AUGUCGACUCUGCAAAAUGCAAAAGAUGUCGUCGAUCAAAGAAUUAUUUGGAUUGAUUGCGAAAUGACUGGUUUAAAUGUCGAGAAACAGGUAUUCGUUAAUUUGUCGAUGAAAAUUAUGAAAAUAUGUAUUUUAGACGCUCUGCGAGAUUGCUCUAAUUGUGACAGACAGUGAAUUGAAUACUAUUGCUAUGGGACCAGAUAUUGUCAUUCAUCAACCAAAAGAAGUUUUGACAAACAUGGAAGACUGGCCAAGAGAUAUGUUCCAGAAAAAUGGAUUAAUGCAAAAAAUAGUUGUAAGAUUUCUCUUAUUCUUCAAUUUUUCUAAUAAUGUCGUUUGUUUUAGGACAGCAAAAUCUCACUUUCUGAAGCUGAAAAUCAAGUUAUAAGUUUCCUCGAAAACCACACAAUAAAAAGGAAAAUCGCCGAUUGCUGGAAAUUCUAUUCACAUGGAUCGCGCAUUUAUCAGAAAAUAUAUGCCAAAAUUAGAUGAAUAUGCGCAUUAUCGAUGUAUUGAUGUUUCAACAAUCAAGGUUUUUUUUUUCAAAAAAUAUCUUUCCCUACUCAUUCUAACCUUUCAGGGUCUUGUUCAACGUUGGUAUCCAAAACAUGAGCAUAUAAAGAAACAAUGCACUCAUCGAGCGUUAGAUGACAUAAUCGAGUCAAUUGCAGAAUUGAAGAACUAUCGAGAACAUAUUUUUGUUAAAUCUCAAUGA